AGGCAGUAGCAAGGUAAGGCAUUAGACUAAUGGAGGGAGAGGAGACAGCCAGAGCAGCCAUGGCGAGGCCGGGUCGUCUGACCGCCCUUCAGGAGCAGCUGAUCUGGGCCCUACUGGAAUCGGGUCUGUCCAGAGACGUCCUGGUCCAGGCCAUGGGCGAGCUGGAGCACGACAGAACCAGUGCCGGUGCUGAGAAGGGAGAGAGGGGCGACGGGGAGAGCUCCGAGGAGGGAGAAAUGGAUUUCCAACCACCCAUAUUCCAUGAGUUGGAGAAGCUCCCACCACAAGAAUUGGCUAAACUGAGGGCUGAAGUUGACCAGCUCUUGCAGGAAGAUCCCUGGCAUGUGGCAAAAAUGGUGAAAAGCUACAUGCAGCAGCACAAUCUCCCUCAGAGAGAGGUGGUGGAAUCCACCGGACUCAACCAGUCCCAUCUCUCCCAGCACCUCAACAAAGGCACGCCAAUGAAGAACCAGAAGAGAGCCUCUCUGUACACCUGGUAUGUCAAGAAGCAGUGCGAGAUCAGCCAGCAAUUCACCAACGCCAAGCACGGCUUUGCCUCGGCGGAGGAGCAAGAAGAAGUCAGGAAGGGACGGAGGAACAGGUUCAAGUGGGGUCCAGCAUCCCUGCAGAUCCUUUUCCAAGCCUAUGAGCGACAGAAGAACCCCAGCAAGGAGGAGAGAGAGGGGCUGGUGGAGGAAUGUAACAGGGCAGAGUGUCUCCAGAGGGGAGUGUCGCCCUCUCAGCUGGCCGGACUGGGCUCCAACCUAGUCACCGAAGUCCGGGUGUACAACUGGUUUGCCAAUCGCCGAAAAGAGGAGGCCUUCCGCCACAAACUGGCCCUCGACACACCUUUCACCAGCCAACCUGUCUCAUCUUCUAACCACCACCUUGCAUCAAGUCCUGAUCAUGGUGUAAAAUACAGCCAGCACAUCCUGUGUGACACGGUGAGCUCAGGCAGAGGGAACGGAGGAGAGCGAGCUGGACGUCUUGUGGUCAGCCCUGUCCAGCUGGAGCCCAGCCACACACUCCUUGAGACCCAUAACCCCAAGCAGAUCUCCAGUGGUGGCCCACUGCCUCCAGUAAGCACUCUGACGUCCCUGCACAGUCUGUCUUCCCCCACGUCCUCCCAGGGGCUCAUCAUGGCCUCACUGCCGAGCGUCAUGAGCCUGGGGGAGUCCUCACUUCUCAUUGGUUUGACCUCGGCGCAGCCUCAGACUGUACCGGUCAUCAACAACGUGGGAGGCAGUUUCACCACGCUUCAGCCCAUCUCGUUCCAGCAACAGUUUCACGCUUCCUCACAACAGCAAAUGUCACAGCAGCUUCACAGUCACAUGGGUGCCAACCCGUUCAUGGCCACCAUGACUCAGCUGCCGUGCCACAUGUACGCCAAGUCGGAUUCACCGCAGUACCAUUCAUCCAGUCUGCUGUCACAAGCCAUGGUCAUCACUGACAGCAGCCUGGGGACUCUGACCAGCCUCGCUGCUGUCAGACAGAUUCUAACAGCAGAUCCUGAAGAACAAACAGAGCAGACUUUACAGGAAGACUCCCUGCACCUGCAGCCGCACACACCUGUGCCAGUGUCAUCCGAAAGCCUGGAGCUUUAUCCAUCGUCUCACACCACAGACAGCCAUCAGUCUCACCUGCUCUCACCUUCACCAGCAGACAUCAGCUCCUACAUCCCUACACAGAUGGUCUCGACUGCACAGUAGUGGUGUCGCGUCUCCUCGCGACUGAACCGGACCUUUUUUUCCUUCUGUUGGACAGCUACCUCUGUCGUAAGCUUUGGGAAACCUGGAGUUGGGGAACAGUGUGGGAACAAUUGAGCUCCGACGUUUCAGACUCAAACAACUGUAAUAUGAACAAUGUGACCCACAUUAAAGAAGUGACACGAAUGAGAAUCAACGGAAAAUCAACAUGAAAAUGUAUUUUAUUAAAAAUGGUAUGUACGCACAAAGGGAAAUUGAGUUGAAACGUAUAAAUUGCAUGUCGCCCCUCAUUAGCUCACUGCCUGAAAAAUGCCCUUUUUUCACACUUUAAUGAGACUCUUUCACGAAUUAAAAUGUUUUGAGUAAUA